AUUGGUACGCUACUCGGUUUUGGAAAAGUACAGUACUUCAAGCAACAUGAAUUGAUUAAUGCUUGCUCGUUGCUUUGGUUUUCGGAAUAGGUGUUGAGACGGUUCCAACGCACUUUCCGGCAAGAAUGAAUCAAUAGAUCUUCCUCGUCGUUUCAAAUGACGGGCCGGCAGCAGAACACUCAAUGGAUGAAUAGAAGAAUAGAUAGAUCGAUUCGGAUUCCUUCCGCUACGAGAGUUGAGAGAUAUGCUUGUUAGCGGGAUCCAAUUGCAUCCACCCACACGCAAACCGUUAUUGGCAGUGCAACGUGGGAGCCCGCGAGAAUACAGGGUUUUGCUGUUUCCAUACAUAUCAACAACCCACCAGUGCGUAGCCGAUAUCCAGGAAUCGUUCAUCCACUCUUUGCAGGUUGAGAGAACGCCGGGGGAGGGAGAUUCGUUCGUUCCUUUCCUUCGUGACUCAUAACAGUCUAUGAAAAUAUAGGUUACAACAAUGAUAGAUAAUUUAUCACCGCUGUGCACGAUACAACAGCACUACGGUAUACGUGCGUUGAAACAAGAACGGAAGUAGCCAUUAGAAAGAAACGGAGAAGACCAAUUGCAAGAACGAACGUCUUGCGUAGCAUAUUCAAACAUCAUAACACGUCUCUCUGUGGCAAUUCAAUAGCAACUUGACAUCCUGUUCCAUAUAUUUUGUCUAUCUUCAAGGUAACAAGACAAGUCAAACACGGUAAGUAAAAUGAUGACCUCGAUAGAUGAAAAGCAAAAUUGCUACGGAUUGCACAGACAUCACAAACUCAAAAGCCUCCUCGUUCUGUUCUCGUGGGAAACACACGAAUUCCCCGGCCAUACUUGUGCUGGUUGUUUUCCAUCGCUUCGUACCAGAAGAAACUAUGGUGAUGAAGAUCCACACGAUAUGUUUUGUUGCGAUGGCAAUGGUGGUAAGCCAGAGCGUUCUCGCCGCCUCCACACGAGAAUCCAACACGGAGCGCCGCUCGCGCUACAAGCUCCGUCGUACCCCGGGGGAACGGGGAGAGACCGGCUCCACCCAUAACGUCGCGGCCUCUGAAAAGACAAACAAUAGCGAGCGAUUUUUCCAGGCAAGCACGUCGUUUGACCGCGGAGAAAGAACCGCCAUCGGUUCCAGCGAGACAGAAUUCUUCGAACGUUUCCUGGGUGUCGCCUACGAGGUUGGGUCUAUGUCGAUGGACUUGGUGGUAACACCCCGCAAGGUCCCGGUGACCAAGGGAAAGGAUACCAAGAAAAGAAAAGUUGGAAAAGACUUCAAGAAGGGCAAGAAAGACGAUAGUGAGACUGCCAAGGACGCCAAGAAGAAAAGCAAAAAAGAAGGCAAAGACUCAAAGAAGACGAAAGGAGAAGAAAGCCCACCUGCCUCGAAGAAGGAAAGCAAAAAGAAGAGUAAGAGCAACGAUUCUGGCAAAAAKGGCGGUGAGGGUGUCAAGGACGGCAACAAGCUAAAAAAAUCCGACAGCAAAUCCAAGAAAGCCAAGCGGCAACGCGCCUUGCGUACCGGACGCACUCGGGGUACCGAUGGGGCCGAACGCGUUCUAGCCGGAUGCUGGUUCGAAACGUCCGGAGGCAAGGCCGGGAGCAAAGCAGGUAGUAAGGACGGAAGCAAGGCUGGAAACAAGGAUGGAAGCAAGGAUGGAAGCAAGGAUGGGGGCAGGGCCGGAAGCAAGGCCGGAAGCAAGGAUGGAGGUAGAGUGGGUCCGGGCCGCCGUCUCGAACGGAGCGAAAGGGAGCUAUACAAUUGUGAAUUCAAGGGCAGUUACACGUGCUGUCAGGUACGCAGCGAUCCCGGGGACGAUCCCCUUUGCUGCAAGGGGGAUAUGACAGUUUUGGGUGUGAUCGCUGCAACUCCGAUCACACCACCACCGGUAGUUGUGGAGACCAAGGACGAUCGCCCCGAGGUUUACCUUCAGAAGGAUGACGAGCACUCCUACAUGGGAGGACCCGCCCCCAUUGUACAGAAGGAUCCCAAGGACGACGGCUCCGGUGAUGUCGUCGAUAAGGAUCCGGUGGACGAUGGUCCCUAUGGUGUCUCUGAUCGCCCCGUACCGUACAUGCCCGUAACCAGUCCCGUCGAAGACGAAAGCGAUGGCUCGGAAAGCAACGAUUUUAUCAAGGGAAACAGCUUUUAGAAAAGGAGAUGUGUGAUGUUCAACAAUAUUUUCCGGCGCCGUGUUCUAUGAAAUAAUUGACUUGCAGUACUAUACAACAGAAGUAUGCUUGAGUCUGUUGCUUGUACGUUGAAGUAGCAGCUCUAAAAAUUUGAGUACAGGUACCUCAUAGUCUACAUCGAAUCCUAUGGUAGAUCCUGUCACGAUGGAGGCCGAUAUUAUGAUUCUUAUGCCGAUUAUGAAAAGCAAGAGUCAAACAAGGAAGCAUCGCCCCCAUCAAGACUACAAACACCGGUAACACAUGCUACAUAAGCAUUUUAUAUUAUU